AACUAACUGCACAAAAAGGACCAAUCAAAUCAAUCAGAGUCAUCUGACAGAGCCGGUCGUCUCUUCUCCUCCUCGGGGCUCCACCAACGCCGAAGGCAAAGAGCUUCGCACUUGAAAUCUCCACUCGUUUUAAUCGGAGAUGGCGGAGAAGCCGCCGGCGCAGGAGCAGGAGCAGCAGAAGCGAGCGAUGGAACCGGCGGUUCUGGACGAUAUAAUCAGGAGAUUGGUUGAGUUUAGGAACACGAGGCCUGGAUCGGGGAAACAAGUACACCUCAGCGAAGGUGAAAUCCGACAGCUCUGUGCUGUCUCUAAAGACAUCUUUCUUCAACAACCCAUUCUCCUCGAACUCGAAGCUCCCAUCAAGAUCUGCGGUGAUAUUCAUGGGCAGUACUCAGACCUAUUGAGGCUCUUCGAGUAUGGAGGCUUCCCUCCUGACGCCAACUAUCUCUUCCUAGGCGACUACGUCGACCGCGGCAAGCAAAGCCUUGAGACGAUAUGCCUACUCCUAGCUUACAAAAUCAAGUACCCUGAGAACUUCUUCUUGCUGAGAGGGAACCACGAAUGUGCCUCCAUCAACCGUAUCUACGGGUUCUACGACGAGUGCAAACGCAGGUUCAACGUCAGGCUCUGGAAAAUAUUCACGGAUUGCUUCAACUGUCUCCCCGUGGCCGCCUUGAUCGACGAUAGAAUACUGUGCAUGCACGGUGGGAUCUCCCCGGAGCUGACGAGCUUGGACCAGGUCAGGUGCAUCUCGCGCCCCAUGGAUAUCCCUGACUCGGGUUUGGUGUGUGAUUUGCUUUGGUCGGAUCCUAGUGGAGACGUCAAAGGCUGGGGAGCGAACGACCGUGGCGUUUCGUAUACUUUUGGAGCUGACAAAGUUGCGGAGUUUUUGCAGAAGAAUGACAUGGACCUUAUCUGUCGUGCCCACCAGGUUGUUGAAGAUGGUUAUGAGUUCUUUGCGGAAAGACAGGUUGUUACUGUGUUUUCAGCUCCCAACUAUUGCGGAGAGUUUGACAAUGCUGGCGCAAUGAUGAGUAUUGAUGAGAGCUUAAUGUGCUCGUUCCAGAUUCUAAAGCCGUCUGAGAUUAAGAGAUCUACGUUUCAAUGACAAACAAUUAUCCACGAUUCAAGUUAACAAUACUCCAAAAGCUGCACUCGGGCGAAAGGAGCUGGAGCAAGAAGAAGAAAAAAUUAAUGGCGAAGAUAGACACAUUGCGUAUCAGACACAGAGACGGUCUCGAAACUGAGUAACAACUCAGGUUUCUGCUGUGAUGUGUGUGUGUUCUUAUAUAUUCUUUCUAAAUACCACAUGUUUCUUCUUUGUACCCUCUCUUAUUUAUUAUUGAAAACCCAAAACAUCUUUUAGCGUC